AUGGGCUGUGGGACAUGCAAUGAAGUGCAGAUGCCACCUUUGAAAAUGCAUCCAGCCCUGGAGGAUGGCAACUAUGCCUGCUGCAUUAUUUUGGUCUCUCUCUACCCUGUGCUGGAUAAGGUGGAGAAGGCAAAGGUGAUGUGGAAACACCACCUUCAGCCUUACAGGGAAAUCACCAUACCUGUUCAGCAUCUGCUGAUGCUGGAGACCAAGUGUCGGCUGUGCUUGGGAGGAGCUGGGGAUACACGGCAUAUUGCAGAGCUGUCUGGGAAGGAGACACUGUUUGGAGAAGAAGCAGUUGCUCCAAGCAAGAGGUUCCAAGCUGGUCUGGCUUUAACCUCAAGAGGAAAAAGGAAAUCUUUCUGUCCAAUUCAAAUAAUCUCGGCAAUACUUCAAGUGCACGUUAUAAAGCUGAAAACUGGAGUCAACCUGAGCGCAGGUCGUAACCUGAAGGAGUGGCUGCGGGAGCAGUUUUGCGACCACCCCAUCGAGCACUGCGAGGACACCCGGCUGCACGACGCGGCCUACGUGGGGGACCUGCCCACCCUCAAGAGCUUGCUGCAGGAGGAGAGCUUCCAAAGCCGGAUCAACGAGAAGUCGGUGUGGUGCUGUGGCUGGCUGCCCUGCACGCCACUGCGCAUUGCUGCCACCGCCGGCCACGGCCCCUGCGUCGACUUCCUCCUCCGCAAAGGGGCCGAGAUCGACUUGGUGGACGUGAAAGGGCAGACCGCCCUCUAUGUGGCUGUGGUCAACGGGCACCUCGAGUGUGCCAAGAUCCUCCUGGAAGCUGGGGCUGACCCCAACGGCAGCCGGCCCCACCGCAGCACCCCUGUCUACCAUGCCGCACGCGUGGGCCGGGCAGACAUCCUCCGGGAGCUGAUCAGGUAUGGUGCAGAUGUGGAUGUGAAUCACCACCUCACUUCCCGGGUCCCCAGCCUCUCCCUGCGGCCCCUCACCACGCUGGUGGUCUGCCCGCUGUACAUCAGCGCUGCCUACCACAACCUCCAGUGCUUCCGGCUGCUGCUCCAGGCAGGAGCCAACCCAGAUUUUAACUGCUGCGGGCCCAUCAAUAUCCAAGGCUUCUCCCGGGGCUCCCCGGUGUGUGUGAUGGAUGCUGUCCUGCGACAUGGCUGUGAAGCGGCAUUCGUUCACCUCUUGAUUGACUUUGGAGCCAAUCUGAACCUGGUGAAAGUGGAGGCCUUGGGAGUUGAAUCCACGGGAAGGGUCAAAGUCAACCCUGAGGCUCUGCAGGUGUUCAAAGAAGCAAGGGGCCGCACCCGGAGCCUCUUGUCUCUCUGCCGCAUAGCUGUACGAAGAAUACUUGGCAAAUCUCGUCUGGAUCUGAUCCAUAUCCUUCCAAUCCCAGACCCUAUUAAACAAUUUUUACUUCAUGAACACAGUUAAAGGGCAACUGGCUGCUUUCCGGGACAGUUUGAUUUGGUAAAUGAGUGCGCU